AUGUCGUUGUUCAGCUGCCAAAGGAGACUUGUCGCCAAGGCCGCCAUGAAGCCAUCAGCAUCGCUUUUCCGAUGUGCUUCCACGCGUGCUCCGUUUCAAUGGCAGGACCCAUUGAACAUGCAGGAGGUCCUGACCGACGAGGAGCGGUCGAUUCAAGAGACAACCCGUAGCUAUUACCAGGACAGGCUUCAGCCAAGGAUUCUCGAUGCUUAUCGCUCGGAGAACUACGACCGCAAGAUUCUUGAGGAGAUGGGAGAGCUGGGUCUUCUAGGUCCUACUAUCGACGGCUACGGGUGCGCAGGUGUCAGUAGCGUCACAGCUGGCCUCAUCACCCGUGAGGUAGAGAAGGUCGACUCAGGCUAUCGAUCUGGUAUGUCAGUUCAGAGCUCUCUCGUGAUGGGACCGAUCGAAGAACAUGGAUCUCAAGAGCAAAAGGAUCGCUGGCUUGAGAAGCUGGGACGCGGCAAGCUUGUCGGCUGCUUCGGUCUUACUGAGCCUAACCAUGGUUCCGAUCCUGGCUCUCUGGAGACCACUGCCGUUCCCCAUCCCACCAAGAAGGACGCAUACAUCCUCAACGGCGCCAAGACUUGGAUUACAAACUCCCCCAUCGCAGACAUCCUCCUAGUUUGGGCCAAGCUCGAUGGUGUCAUCCGCGGUUUCGUCAUUGAGCGCGACCAGUGCGCUCCUGGAACCCUAGAGACGCCUGCCAUUAAGGAUAAGAACGGUCUUCGUGCUUCCAUCACUGGUAUGAUCCAGAUGGGCGGUUGCAUAGUUCCUGCUGCCAAUAUACUUCCCAAUGUUACCGGUCUUAAGGGCCCCUUCAGCUGCCUUAACUCAGCUCGCUACGGAAUCGCAUGGGGAACUAUUGGUGCCCUUGAAGACUGUCUUGACCGCGCAAGGACCUAUGCUCUCGAACGCAAGCAGUUCAACAAGCCCCUGGCCCAGUUCCAGCUCAUUCAGAAGAAGCUUGCCGACGCCUCGACAGACGCUGCUUUCGGUCUCCAGGCCGCCCUGUAA